AUGUCCAGCCUCAUGCAUCCCUCACAGCUCCAACGACGCACCUCUCGCAGCUCAGGCAGUCAGCCAGCAGGCCGUCCAUCCCGCGUUGAAAAGCCCCGGAGCCAUCAAAACAGUCCACGAACCAUGGAGCGGAGAAAGACGACAACUGAAACCAAGCUAUAUGCUACCUUGGACGACCACUUCAAGAUGAUGUUCGGCGUCGCACCUGAGGAGGUGAUUGAAGAGCGUCCACAGCCGAGCAGGCCCAUGAGUUGGCAUCCCUCGUCAACACGGUUCCAGGCUCCCCAAUCAACAAGUUACUUCGAUUGGUCACAACAAUACUCAGCCUCUCCACGGAAUUCUGUCCAUGACUCUGAACACCACUUGCAUUCUACACGCAACUCCAUGUUCGAGACGACACCAGCCUACCCAAAUGCGUAUGGAAUGCACAGAGACUCUGAUGAGUCCGACUACAGCUGGCAGAGCGUUUCUCAGCAGACACCAGGCGAUGUCUACUCAGUUCUUAACACUCCUACCACCGAGCCACUACCUUGGUAUCUACAACAAUGGGCUCAAAAAAUUCAAGCACAAGCGCACAUGGACUCACAAAAUGGAUCCACAGAUUUCCUGCCUAUUCAACACCCCACUGGACAAGACGAAGAGAUGGAGGACGACGACGGCGAGAAGCUUGUAGCACUAGGUCUCUACGACACACCCGAACCAUCAUUGUUCUGGGGCGGUCUCGGUGAAGCUACGGGCAAGGGUCUGAAACUGGAAGAGACCUGGCAACCACCUGAAGACGAAGAGGGGGAAGAUGAAGCAGACGACGCAAGCUCAGAGGCGAGCGUCGAGGAACCCUCACCGCCUCUUCCGCUAGCCAAUCAACAGGCUCAGCAACUCCAGAUGCCCGUUCGUGUCAAGACGCAAACACCCGGCAGUAUGGAGGGUCAGAGCUUCUUCUUCGACGACGACGAGGCGGUGUCGAAGGAGUGGUGGUUUCAUCAGCUAAAGCAGCCUGCCAUGCCAGUGCGGGAAACUGGGUUGGGAUACGGGUGGCUAUGA